AUAAAACACUGAGCUAUAAUGAAUUUAUAGAUAAAUGAGCCUCGGAACGAGCGAGGAAGAACUCCAACACGAGGACACAUUCAGAUACACAAAUCCAGAGCCACGCAAUCUGAUUGGUCCAUCAUGUGGACGUGGGCACUACUUCCUGUUAUCCUGGCAGUGUUUGGCACUCUAGGCAUUUGGACUGUGUUUGGUUUAGCUGUGUCUAAUGAGACCGUGAAUCUGACAGUCGAGUUCCCAUACAUCAGCACAUGCGGCACAUAUAACCCUCAGAGCUGUCUCUUCUCCCAGAUAUGCAACAUCUGUUCUGUGCUAGCUCUGUGGAUUGUGAUUAUAAGGUUCCAGCAGGUGAGGGAUUUGAACUGUGCAUCACGUGUGAACACAGCCAGUCUGGUUCUGGGGUUCAUUUCAUCUAUAGGAAUCUCCAUCCUGGGAAACUUUCAGCAAACAGUGGUGAUGGGCGCUCACUUGUUGGGCGCGUUCCUGGCAUUUUUUGUGGGUCUGGCAUACUUCUGGCUUCAAGUGUGGCUCACUUAUCGUGCAAAACCAUCACAGGACAAGAAGUGGGCAGGGCCUGCACGGAUUCUUUGCUGCAGUCUUUGCACUUGUUUGGUUUUUGCCAUGUCUGUGCUCCAUAAUACAGGCUACCGAUCUGCAGCUGCCAUGUGUGAGUGGGCUUUGGUCAUGUGCUUCUUCAUGUUGUUCGGCAUUUUCUCUGCAGAGUUUCGCCACAUCGACUUCCAUGAACUACAUGUACAGAAUGAGAAGCUCAGCACAAGUAGCCUUGAGUAACACGGUGGCACUGACAGAACACUUAAAGUGCACCUAUUAUGGUUUUUCAGAUAUUACUGUGUUACAGCUGUUUGUGAAUGUUAAAACUCUGCAAAGAUUCAAAAAUCAAAUCGCACGACAAACAGAGUCAGUGACUCCCAAAAGAAGGAACUUAUUCUGAACAGCUGAAUCGAGUUGUUAGUAAUUCCAUAUUUACUUCCUGUACAAAACUACACAGGUUUUUAACAAAAAGCCCCGCCUCUGGUUUUCAUUGGAUGCUUGCUGACUGCUGUAGACCAAUCACAACAGAUUGGGACAUCUAACUAAUCAGAGCAGAGUAUGCUCUCAGAAAGCAGAAUGAAUCCUUCAUUGACCGAGUCGUUUGUGACACUGUUUGUGACACUGGGAAACAAAGGUAAUGCUGCAGUUUAAAUUAUGUGCACAUUAAAGUGUUUUUUGAACUCGGAUGCAUGUAAAUCUAUUGUAUGAGACCUUUAAAACAAAAUUAGGCACGUUUCAAAACCAUAAUAGGUGCUCUUUAACCAACAUAUACACACUUGUUGCCAAGUGAGAGUUUAACCUGCAGUAUGGUUGUAAAGAUAAUAAUAUUGUAUUGUAUUGGGUUAUGUUGCUAAUAUGGACCUAAUGUUAUAGAAUAUGAGAACUUUGGUGUCAAGUUUUAUUAAUGCCUAAUUUAUAAAGUUUAUAAACUUUUCAGCUUUGACUGAUUCAUAAGUCUAGCUGCUCACAUGUAUUAAUGACUUUGCUAUCACUGAUAUAUUUAAUAAUAAUAAUAAUAAUAAUAAUAAUAUAAAAUAAUAAAUGAAAAUACAUGUCCUCAUUGGUCAGGUGCUUGCUGUGCUUAGCAUUAAACUUUUAUUGCACAAGCAUGGAUUAUCAAAAACCUUAAACUCACAUGAUCACCAAUGCAGUUUACACAACAUACUUUAGUUGAAUUCUUAAAAAUGACUUUAUCAUUGCUAUUAAAAUAUUUUUGUAUGUUGGAAAGCCCAUUCUGAUUUAUUAUAAUAUUGUUUUAAUUAAUAUUCAAACUUUAGUCUUCUACCUUUCAAUUCUUCGUGUAGUAUUUAGUUAAUCAGCUAACACCUCCAGGGUUAGGGUUUCGAAUCCCACCUCCGCCCUGUGUGUGUGGAGCUUGCAUGUUCUCCUUUACAUUUACGCCAUUUGGCAAACGCCCUUAUCCAGUGUGACUUAUAUUUAUCUCAUUUAUACAAAUGAGCAGUUGAGGAUUAAGGUUCUUGCUCAAGGGCCCAACAGUUGUAGUCUGGCAGGAUUGGGAUUUUGAGUUCAUGACCUUUUUAUCAGUAGUCCAUCAUCUUAACCACUGAGCUACCACUGCCAUGGUUGUCCAUAUGCUUCGUGGGUUUCCUUCGUGGGCAUGCUGGUUUCUUCCCCCAGUCCUAAGACAUGGGUUGUAGGCUGAUUGGCAUUUCCAAAUAUUCCGUAGUGUGUGACCAUAGUUGACCGCCCUGCCAUGAGUUGGCACUCCAUCCAGGGUGUGCCCCUCCUUGUGCCCCAAGUUCCCUGGGAUAGGCUCCAGGCUCCCCCUCGACCCUAGGUAGGAUAAGCAGUAUGGAAAAUAGAUGGAUCCUAAAGCAUAUUAUUCAAUAGCUACUAUAAAAAUGACAGUAGCUUGGCUUUUAAAAUAUAUAAUUAAGGGUUUAUAAUAAGCAUCCCGUAUCUUCCUUUCAGGCCAUUAACCGAUACUCUGGUUUCCUCCCCCACUCCAAAGACAUGCGUUGUAGCCUGAUUGACAUUUCCAAAUUCUUUGUAAUGUGUAAACGGGUGUGCGACUGUGCCCUCUGAUGGAUAGGCACCCCAUCCAAGGUGUCCCCCGCCUCAUGCCUCGAGUUCCCAUGAGUUCGUUUGGUUCCCAGGCUCUCCAUAACCCUGUGUAGGAUAAGCGUUACGAAAGUUGGAUGGAUGGAUUUUUACUCUAUAGAAAUAGAAAAUUUGAUAACUUUUAACUGAAACAUCUGUUAAUAAGAACCCAUGAUCUUUGUGCUGUACUUUUCACAGCUCAGCAGUGCUUGAGAACUGAACAGUGUUAUGGUGCUUCAGUCAGUUCUGUUCUGGAGAAUUUAUACAGCUGCCAGUUUGAGGUAUUUUUCUAAAGUCAGUAUGCAACACAGUUACAGAGAUACAGCCACAUCCUCUUGUUUAAAAGCUCAAAUUUCUGGUUUUCGCAUUUGAAAUUGCAAGAUAUUUCCAGCACAUGGUGAUCCAUCAGUGGUAGUUUCAGCUCACUGGGAUGUGCCACUAUAACCCUCGGGUAACAGGUCAUCAUCACUCUAAUAAAAAGAAUUGGCAUUAAUCAUGAUUACAUGAGUAUUGGUCAAAUGGAAUCUUAAAUACGAGCUCAUUUUUAUUUGCAGGGAUUCCUUCACUAUACUGGCAAUGAGCUGUCUUUCAGUGGCAUACAGCUAAGAGCUUAAUAGUGGUGGCAUAUAAAUGUUGGUAAUUACAGUGGUUAAUUGUAUUUACUUUCAACUUCCUUUCCUUUAAACUUGUUCCUGGGAAGAUGAUUUGAUUUGGAGGACAUUUCCCAUUCGUCAAACGAUAUACUAUUUAUUCUCCCUACGGAGAUUCAGAGGUUCAUUCAGACUCUGAAGUUAUUCAGCAUCUCAGUAUUGAUGUGUGUGCGUUUGUGCAUGUGUGUGUGUGCAUGUGUGUGU